GGCAGAAGCUGUGGCUAGAAGGCCCAGUUUAGUCAUACAAAAAUAUUUGUUAUAUUUAAUAAUCAUUUAUCUUACUAACAUUAAAACUAUUUUAUAUUUCGAUAGAAGAAACAAUCAAUUAAACAUGGCCACAAUGGCUCUCACUGGCCAUUUUGCUACUAAAAUCAUACCCAAAAAUGGUUUUAUGAGUGUUGUUUAUAUCAAGACUGCGCAAUACAGUGGAGAUGGGAGACCUAACUUAGCGGCGUACAAACGAGGCACUGGUGGUCGUAGUAGUUUCAAUGGCAUAGUGGCUACUGUGUUCGGUUGUACUGGAUUUGUGGGCAGAUAUGUUUGCAACAAGCUCGGUAAAAUUGGCACUCAGAUGAUUCUGCCAUACAGGAGUGACUUCUAUGAUGCCCAAAGGCUUAAAGUUGCAGGAGAUUUAGGACAAGUGUUGUUCACUCCUUUUGAUAUAAGAGAUGAGGAGUCUAUUGCAAAGGCAGUCCGUUACUCCAAUGUGGUCAUCAACUUGAUUGGUAGAGAUUAUGAAACUAAAAAUUUCACAUAUACAGAUGUUCAUGUUGAAGGACCUCGUCGCAUUGCAAGAAUCUGCCGAGAAGUGGGAGUGGAAAGAUUGAUUCAUUUGUCUUAUCUUAAUGCUGAAGAAAAUCCGACACCUUUGGUAUUGAAGAAACCAUCUUUAUAUAAAAUCAGUAAAUAUCUUGGAGAGAAUGCAGUAAGGGAGGAGUUCCCCACAGCUACCAUAUUGCGUGCUUCUGAUAUUUACGGAUCUGAAGACCGAUUCAUAAGGAGUUUUGCAACACCGUUGCGAACUCAUGGCCAGCUCAUGCCUUUGUAUAAAAAUGGAUUGAAGACAGUCAAACAGCCUGUAUUUGUGUCAGAUGUGGCCCAAGGCAUUAUAAAUGCUAUAAGAGAUCCAGACACAAGGUGCCAGGUGUAUCAGGCUAUUGGACCAAAGCGGUAUCUCUUGGCGGACUUGGUAGAUUGGUUCUACAAACUUAUGCGCAAAGAUGAAAAAUGGGGUUAUUUCCGCUAUGAUAUGAAAUAUGACCCCAUUCUUCCAUUAAAGGUGGCUCUGGUGAAUUUGAUUUCUCCAGCAUAUCCUUUUGGAAAUCUGCAUUGGGAAUCCCUUGAAAGGGAAGCGACAACCGACGUCGUGGAACCCGGCCUACCGACAUUGGAAGACCUAGGUGUGAACUUGACGCAAAUAGAAGACCAAGCACCAUGGGAGUUAAAACCUUACCGUGCCUACCAAUAUUACAUCGAUCAAAUUGGAGAAUUCCCAAAACCAGACCCUCCUAAAGUUUACAACAGCUAAUUGAGUACUUAGUAUCUUAACUAUGGUAUCCAAACAAUAAUAACUAUUUAUCAAACCUUGUAAUUAUCCUAUUGUAAUAUUGAAACAUUUUUCAAUAAGAUUCAAUUCAGACAUAAAUUAUUUGAGUACGCGUAAUAGUAGUUGUGUAGACAAUUUAAAUAAAUUAUUUUCAUCGUUA